AUGCGCUACUCGAGAUCCUCUUUUUUCUAUAAAGUCAUAUUUAAUCAACUAGAAAAACUUCAAUGGAAAGAUAUAAAUGGACGUUAUCAAUAUAAUAAAAAUUCUGAUAUACACAAACAAGAAUGUCAAUUAAUAUAUCAACAGUUAACAUCAAAUAAAUUGUUAUCAUUAUAUAAUUUUACACCUGAAACACUGCUGAGACGUAUUAACCAAACAAUAAUUAAUCGUGAUAGUUCUGCUCAAAUAAGAAUUGAAAAAUACAAUAAGAAAAAUUGUAUUGUCAUUUGUGAUGAUGAGAAUAAUGGUGAAGGAGAAGAGCACAUUAAUGGUACUGACGAGGAUGAAGAUGAUGACGACUAA